AUGGAACCAAUCAAACUCGCGAUUGACGACACGAAAGGUGGACUGUGCAAAAUUUGUGAAAUCAUGAAAAAGUUCGACCAGUGCAUCUGCACAGCGCUAUCGACCCAAGUAAAGGCGAGACUGAAUCUUCAAGGCUACCUGAACGCCUAUAGGAACUGCGAUAACGUUUGGACACUCGUGCUGAAUAAUGUAGAAAUUAAAGACGGUUCCGGGGCCAUGCAUGUCGACAAGAUGAAAAUCGUUGCUUGUGAAGGAAAGCACUCCAAAAGUGCGCCUGCUCAGGGAUCACAGAAGACGACCGCCAACGCAAGUCGUGUUGGUUCCGGUUACUCUGGGCCAGCGCAACAUGGCGACGCCGAUUCGGGCAAUGUCGACGAGGACCGAUCGGAUGAGGACGUAUUGUAG